GGUAUAGUAAUAGAGAUAAUUUAGCUAUUAUCUGGUCAGAUGUAAGUGUUACAGAUAACCAACAAAAUUAUAUUCAAGAUAAUUUUAUAAAUAUAAAUACUGUUCAUAAUGAUCUUAUAAAUAGUCUAGAUAACUUUCUAAGUGUUAGAGAAGAUUACUUAGCUACUACUUAUAAUGAUACUAUAGGUUUUGAAGAGGAAUGUUUAGCUACUGUUAAAAAUUAUAUCACAAAUAUUUACAACAAUAUGGCUCAAAAUGUUAAUAUUAACUUUACAGAAGAAUUUAGUAUUAAUGUUGAGGAUUUUUUUUCUUCAUGGGAUGAGACUAAAUUAUAUUUUGAAAAAUAUACAAAACUAGCCAGAUUUUCUAUAUAUCAUAAGCAUUUUGAAGUUAACAAUAUUGGGAUUAUAUGCUAUCAAACAUUUAAAUAUAGUUUUGCUAGUGAACUAGUAUCUAAUAAA